AUGUCAAGUCGAACGAAUCACGAGCUCGAUACUCCACAUAGGUCGUUCUCAACUUCAAUUCUGUUGGCACCAAACGACUCCGCUGCUGAGAUUGUCUUGAAACUGGCUUAUUCUAGACCGAGCCUUUGCAGUUCGCCGAUUAAGCGUCUGUAUGCUACUGAACUUCCUAGUCGCAUCGGUGCCCCACCGUUGGUGAAAAUUCAUAAGGCUUUCACCACCAAACGUCAUAGUCAAAGUGCCGAAGAUCUCCCACAGUUGCCCAAGCCGAAAGUCAAGCUCGAUACUCCACAUAGGUCGUUCUCAACUUCAAUUCUGUUGGCAUCAAACGACUCCGCUGCUGAGAUUGUCUUGAAACUGGCUUAUUCUAGACCGAAGCCUUUGCGUUCGCCGAUUAAGCGUCUGUAUGCUACUGAACUUCCUAGUCGCAUCGGUGCCCCACCGUUGGUGAAAAUUCAUAAGGCUUUCACCACCAAACGUCAUAGUCAAAGUGCCGAAGAUCUCCCACAGUUGGCCAAACCGAAAGUCAGUUUCUUAGUCGAUGUGUGUUUCUAUUUCAGUAAUCCAGAGUGA